AUGGUCUCGCUCCAGACAGUGCGGCAGUCCAAUGCCCGGCUGGCGUCACUCCCACCAGGACUGGUGGCGGUAUUCAUCGGCGCCACCUCAGGCAUUGGACUGAACGCGCUGCAACAAUUCGCCCAGCAGGCGCAGGGGUCCUCUCCGCGCAUCUACAGUGUGUCCCGACCAGCCACGGCGGCCGCACAUCAAAGUGUGCUGGCCUCGCUGGGCCAGUCCCAUCCGACGGGCACUUACAAGCUCAUCACGGCCGAUGUGUCGCUCGUGUGCGAGAUCGACAAGGUGGUCGACGCGGUGGCGAGCCAGGAAACCAAGGUCGACAUCCUCUUCAUGUCGGCGGGCUUCAUGGCCUUUGAAGGGCGCAAGGACACGCGCGAAGGCCUCGACCCGUCCAUGUCGACGCGGUACUACUCGCGCCUGCGCGCCGUGCAGCGCUUUCUCCCCUUGCUGAACAACCCGGCCGUGUCGAGCCCGCGCGUCGUCAGUGUGCUGGCCGGCGGCCUCGAGAGACCUCUCAACGAGAGCGACCUGGACCUGCGCGACCCGAGCCAUUAUUCCGUCUGGAACGCCUCCUUCCAUUGCGGCACCAUGGGCACCCUGGCUCUCGAGCGCAUUGCCCGCCAGAACCCGCGCCUGAGUAUCGUGCAUUGGUACCCCGGCCCUGUGGCUACGCCGGGCCUAGCCAGGGCCGCCGAGUUCGGCAUGUCGCCGCCGGACCAGAUGGCCUUGGACGAGGCCGGUGCGCGCGCCGUGUUCCUGGCCACCAACGAUCGCUAUGCUGUGCAGGUCGACACUCAGGAAGGAGGAGGAGGAGGAGGGCCUCCUGGCCUUGUGCCUGUACCCGAUGGGCUGGAGGUCGCCAAGACGUCCGCCGGCGGCAUCUUCCUGAUCGAUCCGCUGGGCGAACCCACCGACAAUGAGCGUGUGUUGGCCGACCUGAGGGAGAGGGGAGUGGAUGAGGCUGUGUGGAACUUCACCCAAGACGUGUUUGCUGCGUGCCAGAGCGCGGCACCUCCAGUGUCAUAA